CUGGCCAACCCCUGUCCCACGCCUCCACAGCGCGCAACUUGAACCGUCGUACCAUCGCGUUUUGCCGUCCGCACGAGGGCAACUGAACAGUUCAUAAAGCAUACAUCCAAAUCCAAUGCCUAUCGUCUUUAGACGGUUGGGUUGAGGAGAGAGAGUCCUCGGUGUGCCUAAGCUGCUCACGGAGUUGCUUGAAUCGUCUGCUGUUCUGAACUUCUGAUGGCUUGAAAUCGUAGUCAAAGAUCUAUGGAGGAGGAUCCGGCCUGCUGCGUUUUGGCCGGGGGCGCCAUGUCCAAACUUGCCACAAAGCUCGAUGGGCUCCUGAUUAGGAGUCCAGGGUGUCGACGGCUUCCUUGGGAAGUAAAGAACUUGCUGAUACCUCGCAUCAAGCAAAAUGUGGAAAGCAUGAUGGCAAUCAUCCAAGAGGACGGCGACGGCAACCCAUCAAGAGAAAUGAUCAGAUGCUUGACUAAGGAGGUGCGUGAGCUGUCGUACGACAUCCACGACUGCAUCGACGAGCACACCGCCGGUCCAGCCAGAGAUCAUGCCACUCGGCUUCUCUGGAGGAUGGAGCGGCACGUACGCCUGGCCAAGGCCAACAACAAGAGACGACGAUUCAUGGUACUAGCUCGUCGCCGUAACAGCAGCAAGCCAGUAACUUCAUGGCUCUCUGAGAGGCUCAAGGGCCGCCUAUGGUUGCUCGACAAGAUGCGAGAACUCAGCGCACGCUCUGAAGAGGCGCUGCGUCGGUACAACUCGUUUAACCGCCCUCUCAAGAAACAGAAAAAUGACGACAGCGACGGUAGCAUCAGCUCUACUGCUACUAGAUCUGUUGAGUCCUUCGGCUCUUGGAGUCCCCCUCUAAACGACCACGUCCUCCACCGGUGUGUUGGUAUCCAUGAUCUCGCCAGCAACACGCUUGAAACGUGGCUCAAGGGUGGAGAUAGCCUGAAGCUCAAGGUGGUAUCCAUGGUUGGGUGUGGAGGGGUUGGUAAGACCAUGCUUGCUAACGAGCUGUACCGUCGAAUUGGAGAGCAGUUUCAGUACCGGGCAUUUGUGGGGACCUCCGAGAAGCCUGAUGUCAGGAGGCUUCUCAUCAGCAUUCUUUCUCAAAUUCGGCCGCAACAGCCCCCCGGUAAUUGGAAGGUGCACAAUCUAAUUGGCGAUAUCAGGACACAUCUGCAAGAUAAGAGGUACUUGAUUGUGAUUGAUGAUAUAUGGGCCAGAUCAACGUGGGAUAUUGUUAACCUUGCUUUUCCGGAUGACAAUCAUUGCAGUAGAAUACUGAUAACGUCAGAACUUGAAGACGUUGCUCUGAAAUGCUGUGGUUAUGAACCUCAGAAUGUUUACAAGAUGAACCCCCUUGGUGAGGAUGACUCAAGAAAAUUAUUUUACAGUAUAGUUGGUUGCUCCCAAGAACUCGGUGAUGUUUCAAGCAGUAUCAUUAGAAAAUGCGGUGGUCUUCCUCUAGCAAUUGUUACUAUUGCCAGCCUCUUAGCAAGUCGGAUAGGCAAAACAGAGCAGAGGGAGUAUGUGGAGUAUGUUAAUAAAUCCUUGGGUUAUGGCUUGAUGACAAAUCCUACUUUGGAAGGGCUGAAACAAGUGGUCAGCCUUAGUUACAGAAAUCUUCCUCAGCAUUUGAAGGCAUGCAUGCUUUAUAUCUGCAUUUUCCCAGAGGGCUACAUAAUUUGUACGGAUGAUUUGGUAAAGCAAUGGAUAGCUGAAGGUUUUAUCUGUGCAACUCAAGAAAAAGAUGAAGAAGAAAUCUCAAGGAGCUACUUUGAUCAGCUUAUCAGUAUCAGAUUGAUCCAUCCUAUUCAUAUAGAUGGUAAUGGUAAAGUUUUGUCCUGCACCAUGCACCACAUGAUGCGUAAACAUAUUAUGCACGAGUCCAUUGUAGAGAAUUUCAUCGCUGCAAUAGAUCAUUCUCAGGCAGCUACAAGAUUCGCUCACAAGGUUCGUCGACUGUCUCUUCACUUCGGUAAUGCAGAAGAUGCGACUCUAUCCACAAAUAUGAGAUUAUCACAGGUUCGAACAUUUGCAUUUUUUGGGGCCUUCAAGUGUAUGCCUGCUGUUAUCAAGUUCCGGCUUCUUCAGGUUCUUAUCCUACACUUUUGGGGUGAGGAAGAGAGCAUCAAGUUUGAUCUCAGUAGCAUUUCGGAGAUUUUUCGUCUGAGAUAUAUGCAGGUCACAUGCAAUGUCACCUUAGAGAUACAAGAAGUGCAGAUGCUACGACGUCUGCAAUAUUUGGAGACACUGAAAAUAGAUGCAGCAAGAGGAAGUAGAAUGCUAUCAGGCAUCGUUCAUUUACCACGCCUGUUGCACCUCAGGCUUCCUGCUGACACAAAUCUUCUCAGCGGUGUUGGCCACAUGACAUCUCUACGUACACUAGGACAUUUUGAUCUCAGCACUAACUCAAUAGAUAAUGUACGGGACCUUGGUGAGCUAACCAAUGUCCAAGAUCUUCAGCUUACCUGUAGACCAGUGGACUCUUCUUGCUAUCUGGUGAAACAAAUGGAAUGUCUGAGCUCAGUUCUGGGGAAACUCAGCAAUCUGAAGAGUCUAACUCUGAAUAGUUCAAGAGUAGUGGAACUUGGUCGUCGACCUUCGAGCAUGAGCAUUUGCUGUGAUGUGCUGAGCAGCAUAUCCUCUCCUCCAGCACUUCUUCAGAGACUUGAGUGGUUACCGCGUGUCUGUACCUUCUCCAGCCUCCCGGAGUGGAUUGGACAUCUGGGCAAGCUCUGCGUUUUAAAAAUUGGGGUCAGGGAACUAGUGAGAAAUAACGUUGAUCUUCUCAAAGGAUUGCCUGCGCUCAUUGAUCUGUCUUUGUAUGUCCGCACAAAGCCUGCGGAAAUAAAUGUCUUCACCAAGGGAGGGUUCCUGGUUCUCAAGUACUUCAGAUUCAGGUGCAGUGUACCUUGUCUGAAGUUUGAGGCUGACGUAAUGCCUAAUCUCCAGAAACUCAAGCUAGGUUUUGAUGCAGAUGAAUCAAUUCAGUACGGUCCUAUAUGUGCUGGCCUCGAUCACUUGUCAAGUCUUAAGGAGAUCUCUGCGAAAAUUGGGGGGGAGUUUGAGGCGGACAUAAUGCCCAAUCUUCAGAAAAUCGAGCUAGGUUUUGUUGCACAAGGAGCAAUCCAAUACGGUCUUAUACCUGCUGGCCUCCAUCACUUGUCAGGUCUUAAGGAGAUCUCUGCAGAAAUUGGGGGUGCCAGUGCCAAUGAACCAGUUCGAAGGAUAGUCGAGUCAGCAUUGAGCGACGCAAUUAGGAUGCAUCCAGGACGUCCUAUAGUCAACAUACAGUGUGUAGAUCAGAUAUUUGGUGAGAAAGAUGAUCAGGACAACAGGUUACAAGAGAAAAACCACAUGACUCCGCAAAUAAAGGCUGAGCCUGUUGAGGAAGACCUAAAAAAUCGUGUAACCAUUCAGAAGGGCUCCGGGAAAGAUGCUGCCUCCAGGGAGAUAUCGAAAGGUCUUCCUGAAACUGGAGGCAGCUCUGGAGUAGUAAAGCUACUGUUUGUUGAUGCUGACAGACCAGAACAUCCACUUUUCACUGGUUGUCCGGUGAAAUGGCAGAAUGGAGAAAAUGCUAAGGUAGCAAUAUUCCAAAAUGAGAAGCAAAUCAUGGGCGGCGAUCUUUCUAAAUUGCAAAUUGAGAUUUUACCAGUUCAUGCUGAUUUCUUUACUGGGCGAGGACCAGAGGACUUCACCAAAGAGGAUUUCAACAAACAGAUAUACAUGCCUAAAGGGAAAGAAUCAGUCUUGACAACUGUUAAUCUGAAAAAUGGCGAGGCCUGUCUUGGUCCCUUCUUCUUCACGGAGAGCUCCAACAGGAAGAAUUUAAGAUUGGCGGCAAGAGUGAAAAGGCAGGAUCAUGCCGACCGAGUUCAAGAAGCAAUCACUGAUCCUUUUGUCGUCAAAGACCGCCGAAAUGAAUUACAUGAAAAGAGUCAUCAUCCAUCUAAGGGAGAUCCGGUAUAUCGGUUGAAACAAAUUUCCCGUAAUGGCAAAUAUUGCACUGCCCUUGCGGAAAAAAAUAUCACUACGGUGAAGCACUUGAUACGUCAGUAUCAUGUAGACAAAUCUGGUCUCCAAAAGCUUACAGGCAUGAAGAAACGUAAUUGGAGUACCAUGAUUGAACAUGCCACCACGUGUGCUCCGGGGGAUGAGAUCUUUUCUUAUAGAGUUGCAGAGGAAAAUUGUGAACUCUUAUUCAACGAUUUCUAUGAUCUUGUCGGUGUGGUGAUCAAUGGAUUGUAUGUUCCUAUCACAGAACUUGAUCAAUUUCUGAAGGUAUACAUUUCAUACUGUUCCACUUCCAUCUCAAUUCCGUUUCAAAAAAAACUUCCAUCUCAAUUAAGCAGUUGAUUUUGGCUAAAAUACUAAUGUGCUGGCAGAGUGGCAGUCACCUUGUAAAUGUUGUCACGCUUACUAAGGCACGUAGCAAAGAUUUUCUUUUGGAAAAUAGAAUAAUUUAGUGUCAUCCUGAACAGCUGUUGGCUAACCUAUCUCCAACAUUGCUGAA